AUGGAGCGCCAGCGACUGCGGAGGUCAUAUCAGCGCUCAGGGACAACGGAAACACCUGAACAGGUACAAGCGACCACCCGCCAAAUAUCUUUCGCUUUUAAAGCGCCAUGGAUAACAUCGGAGACCGCUACUGAGGCCGCAACAACAGAGUUUGCUGCAUUGGAAACCACCUCCGAGGUCACAACAGAUCCCACAGUGAUAACAUCGGAGAGCGCUGCUGAGGCUGCGCUUCUGCAGUGA